GUGGAGAUCACUCAUCUUCUGGUGCGCUCUUGCUGGGAGCUGCAGACUGGAGCUGUUCCUAUUCAGCUGUUUUAGCUUUUUAUUGGGGCACGACAAUUGUUUCUUUUAAGGCAUUGCUAAAUUUUUUGUCUAAAUGAAAGAAAAGAAACAAAUUGAAAAUUCCACAUUACACACUGAUCUGGUGAUCUCAACAUGCUCAUGGGUUUCUUCUAAUGAUUGUACUGUUUUGGGGCAUUGCUUUCUCAAUUUCCUUUUUGUCUUUUUUACCUCAUCUCUCGGAAUAAAUCAAAGGAAACCCCAGUCUUUCAAAAAGACUUCUUCUUUUGAGUUAACUUUCUUAUAUUGAGAACCUUCUAAUCUCACUAGAAUAUGUAACAUUGGUGUUCACUCUCAAGUAUUUCUGAAUAUAUUCCUCUAUUCACAGGAGUAUACUCUGGGGAAAAAAUAGAGCAAGUCCUUGCCCUCCUGACCAUUGAACAACAAGAGACUAAUUAUACAAUGGGGCUAGAAAAACCCCAGAGUAAACUCCUAAUGGAAGGAGGCAUGCAUUUCCAGCUGAUUCCUUGGGUUGUUGCUAUAGUUUUCAUCUUACUUCUCGGUUCCUGUUUCAUUGCCAGUUGUUUGGUGACUCAUCACAACUUUUCACGCUGUAAGAGAGGCACAGGAGUGAACAAGUUAGAGCACCAUGCAAAGCUCACUUGCAUCAAAGAGAAAUCAGAACUGAAAAGUGCUGAAGGGAGCACCUGGAACUGUUGUCCUGUUGACUGGAGAGCCUUCCAGUCCAACUGCUAUUUUCCUCUUACUGACAACAAGACGUGGGCUGAGAGUGAAAGGAACUGUUCAGGGAUGAGGGCCCAUCUGAUGACCAUCAGCACGGAAGCUGAGCAGAACUUUACUAUUCAAUUUUUGGAUAGACGGUUUUCCUAUUUCCUUGGACUUAGAAAUGAGAACGCUGAAGGACAGUGGCGCUGGGUGGACCAGAUGCCAUUUAACCCACGCAUAGUAUUCUGGCAUGAGAACGAACCCAACAACAAUCAGGGAGAAAACUGUGUUGUUCUUGUUUAUAACCAAGAUAAAUGGGCCUGGAAUGAUGUUCCUUGUAACUUUGAAGCAAGUAGGAUUUGUAAAAUACCUGGAAUGACCCUCAACUAGAAACCCACAAAGUGCUGCUUGUGAUGGAGAGAGAAAAGAACCAAUUAGAACAGGGCAGAAUGUACAUGCAUCAUUGGAACACAGAAAACAUGCUGGGUUAUAGAGCAUUUUUAGUCAUGAUGGUCUUUUUAAUUUUGUUUGAUUGAUUCAAGAUUGUGUGUGUGUGUGUGUGUGUAGAUAACGUGGUUUUUGUAUGGUGUUUGAUAGAAGGAAUAAUCUUUCUUUGCUUUCUUAGGAGUAUUUCAAGGUGUUUACUCUUCAACUGGUGUGCACUGAAUGCAUAUUUAGAAGAAUGGCUUGAAUAAUGCAAUCUCCUUGUCAUUUCCCCCCACUCAGAUUCUUAGCUCUUAAAAUUCAAAGGUGGGAUAUUCUAACUGGUAGUGGUGCAUCAUUUUUAACACAAAUAUUACAGGUACUUUAAAGAUUUUUAAACCACAUUUUUUAAUGCUUCAUUUUCAGACUUUUUAAUACCAGUCAUUACGUUUGCAUUCUAUAAGCAAAAUUUUUCCAGAACAGCGUGGAAUAGUUCUGAAUUAUGAUAUUGUACAGAUAGAUAAAAGUCCAAAUGCCUUUUAAAAAGUUUACUUCUUACUCCACCCAACAUGUCUUUGCAAAGCAGGAAUUCUUUGUAAGACACCUUAAACAAAGUCCUUCAAUUCUAUAGCAGAGGAAAUAAAAUCCCUUGGAAGCCAAAGGGCUCACCUUCACAUUGCUAUUUCAUGACAGACCCAGCUGUGUUUCAUUAGAGAUAAAAUGUAUUCCCUUUGGUAUCACAGGAAGUUACUGGGAAUGACUUGGCCUCAUUACUUAGCUAACGACUGGAUACAAUUUCUUAAUUAUUUGAAGUAACAGUGUAUUCAGGUUUGCAUUUUUAAUUUGAAUAGAAAAUCAUGUUUUCAACCAAUUUAUUCAAAUUUUUAAUGUUUCUUUAGAGCUGUAUAAUUAUAGUUUAAACUAGCAAGGAAGUCAUUGUUCUGACAGCCAGAAAUUAUGCUUUUCUGAUGCACGUAGUAUUAAUUGUGAAGGGCAGUCACAUCCAACUUUAAUAAAAUAUGGCGGUCUUUCUUAAAAUUCUCAAUUUGUUAAUUUUUCCUGGAUCUAAGCUGGAAAAUUCCAAGGAAUGGAUUUUUAACCUAACUUUCCUACUACUACUUUUAAAAAUAGUAUUUAUUUUGUAAAUUAGUUGUUGAUUUUUUGGGUUUGAAAUGUUGGUGUUUGAUUAUGUGUGGUGGUGUGUGUGUGUGUGUGUAGCUGUGUUCAAAGCUGAUACUUUUAGCUGAAAUGGUGCUGAAUAACUUUGAUUGUGUUUGCCAUAUUCACUAAAUUACCUAGCAUGAAACCUACAAAACUUGUUGAAGUAACUUUAUGUAAAUGCUAAUGGGCUUUGUAUAGUUAAUAUUAUCCAUUUUUAGUUUGUAGAAAACUAUGUAUAGGUAGCGAUUCAGUUGUCAAUAAAAUGUGAUCUCCUUGUGAUUUUAUUCAUCU